CUCUCUUUCAAAGUCGCCGUGUUUUCUUAUUGUAGAAAAACAUAAAAAUAAUCACAAAAUGUACACAGAGGUAGAUGUAUUCGUUAGUAAUUACACUUUAAUAGACCCUGAAAUAUAUCAGUUAUGGAUAGAAGGUUGCUCAUCAAGCGAAGCAGUAUCCACGCUGCACCAGCGCGGCGUUGCCAAGCAGAUGGGGGCCUCCGUGGAGCUCAUAGCCAGCGAUGUGCUGGAUCACUACAGGACAUUUGCGCUCUUGGAGCGUCUUCUCACAGUGCCCACCAAGCUGUCGGAGCAGAUGGUGUUCCAGAUAGAUGAGGCUACCAAACAGAUGCUCAUUGAGAAGUAUUAUGGGUUGGACGAUGCGGUAAUAAGGGAGCUACUCGGGCGAAAACUGUCGUCACGGCAUAGAAAAGAUUUGGAUGAGGUGGCGGAGCGCUCCGGCGCGCCGCUGCGCUGCUGCCGGCGGCAGUUCGACAACGUGCGCCGCGUGUUCCGGGGCGUCGAGGAGAUGCCUGGCAACGUCGUCGCCAAUAUUAGGUCCACGUUCUUACUCUCGGAGCCACUGGCCAAGAAAUAUGGCGCGGUGGUGUUCAUAGCGUGCAUGCGAUUCGAGACCACGAAACGCAAGCUACAGUAUCUGUGCUUCAACGACUUCUAUCACUGCGCUCAGUCAAUAAUGACCUCUUGGACUUAUUCCUGUACCGGCCCCGAGUACUACGAUACGGAGAUGGACCGCGAGUUCCUGCUAGAACUGAGAGAGCUACGGAUUCUCUUGGACAAGGAGAAGGAACACAAACAUUUAAUAUGUAUGCGUCUGAAACCAAAGCUAUUGGAGAAGUCAUACCAAGAACUGGAACUAAACUUCAGGUUAUACACGAGAGCACUAGUGGGUCUGGCGUGUAAUCUGCAUCGAGGGAGGGAGCUGAGGUCACUCUUUAUUGACCUCCUGGAAAGAUGUGUUGAGCCAUUACGCGCCGGUGGUUGGCCACGCACCGACUUGGCUCAGUUUUUGAGCGCAUACGAGCAAUGUGCACUACAGAUGGACGUGCUCAGAGAAGCGGAUUUGAAGAGCGUCUGGGAGAGAUAUAUGAAAGUAGUCAGCCAGUGUUUGAUCACAAUGUAUCACGCUUAAAAUAUAAGAAAUUCAAUGUUAGGGCGUUCGCUAGCUGGCGCGGGUGCUGUAGGUCGAGCACAUGAUUGGCGCGACAGUAUCUCGCCGCGAGAUAGACUACCCGUCUUUUACUAACUGUAUGAAUUAAAGGGGGUGGGAUAGUCUAUUCUUUCUUUUCUUGAUGGACUUGAGGGCGGUGUUGCCCGUAGCCAAUGUCACGUAAAAGGGCAGGAACAAAAUAAAUGUUCUUAGAGCACGACGCUGUUCGGUGGUUGUUGUAGUUGUCUCGUAAAACCGAUAGCUGGAUUUUACGAGAAGCACGUGGACUACCGGCCGUUGACUCCAAAAUGGUGGUUAAACACGCUUUGAGAUUAAUUCUCCAUUCACUGCACACUACCACAUUAGAUUACUGUAUAAUAAAGCUAUCGAUAUUACACUUUAAACAAUAUUAAUGAGCAAAAAACAAAGGAAUUAAUCACGAGGCUACUAUCAAGAUGGCGUUCGAACCGGAAGUCCUGGGGUAGUCUAGGUCGCGGCGAGAUACUCUGGCGCCAAUCAUGUGCUAGCCCGACUGGAAGCGGGGGCGGGUGCAAUUGUAGGUAAAAUCCGUCGCACGCGUCCGCGCCAGCUGACGCUGUUCAUACAAUUUUACGUUAACCAUUAGCAAUAGUAGAUUGUUAACCAAGGGAUGAAAAGCCGAGGUUGUUUGGCGCUCGAACGCAGUGAGAGCGACAAUAGUCCGAGGCUGAAAUAGAAUAAAUAGAAAUAGAAUAGAAAUAGUUUAUUCGUGGCACACUAUACAGGUUAACAAGAGGAACGAAGAAAUGAAAUGGGAAAUGAUGCCUGAAUACGAGGAAAGUAAAAUGAAUGUGUUUUUUAAAAACAUGACUAACUAUAAUUUUUUGUAGUAUUUCUUGAGGGUACUUUCAAUUAACAAUUUAGGCAAAAGUAUCGUUAUUUAUAGAAUGGGGAGUUAUAUAAUAAUGGAAAUUUUAUAACAUAUUCCUUUAAACCCAAAUUUCAAUUGCUUAUCGUAAAAAAAUUAAAAAAAUCGUAUUUGGUACGUAAAAUGCUCUAGUGCAGAAACGUAUCAUUUUCUGCACACCUUUUAGAACAUCAAUGACCCUCUUUCAGAGCAUGAGAAAUGAAAAACAAUAACUUCAACAAAGUUAUUACUAGCUAAACAGCAACUUUUGUAACCAACGAGCCCCAAUUUGCCAAUUGGCAACUUUUACCACUACAUUUUAGCACAAAAAUAGUCCGUAAAUAUUCACUGUAUUUGGCAACAACUACCAUGAAAGUUUUCAUGUAAAUUUUAAGUUUGUAACGUCGUCCCAAAUAUAUAUCUAUGCACAUUUCGGUGGACUCUAGCUACUUAUAAAUUUCCUGUGUAAAAAUAGGAUCGUUUCUUAAUUUCGAUAUUUAGUUCUGUAGUCUUAUUAAUGGGGUUAACUGGACAUUUUUAUGUAGAUAUUAUAGUCUGUCAAACUGACAAAAAAUAUCCAUAGAAACAGGCGGCAAAUUAAAAAAAGAAAUCUCCCAUGGAAAUAUUGAAUUUCGCGCCUUUUUCUACUGUUUGACUAUUGGCUAUAUCAGUUAUCCAGUCUAGGUUAUUUUUAGCUAACAUAGUAUGUGUGGAAAAGAGACGAAUUGAGUUGUAAGUCUCAUGUGUAAAAUGUAUGUUAUAAUAUAAUUAUUUAUUGUAAAGUUUUUUAGUAUUUGUAGAAAAAAAAAUACGUUGUU